CGCCUGCGUACUUGUCCUUUGGUAUCCGAAGUUGAAUGGUUUGUCAGGCUUUCUGUAGCGCUGUCCAACCAGAGUGGCACUGUUGCUUUGAUUUCCACCGUACGUGUUUUCAGAAGCUCUCCGUGUGUUAGCAUGAAAAAAGCAGUGUCACUGAUAAAUGCAAUAGAUAUAGGAAGAUUUCCACGAUUGCUCAUCCGAAUUCUUCAAAAACUUCACCUGAAGGCUGAGAGCAGCUUCAGUGAAGAAGAGGAGGAAAAACUUCAAGUCGCUUUUUCUCUAGAGAAACAAGAUCUUCACCUGGUUCUUGAAACAAUAUCAUUUGUAUUAGAACAGGCAGUGUAUCAUAACUUGAAGCCAGCGGCCUUACAGCAGCAGUUAGAGAAUGUCCACGUGGAAGUAGACAAAGCAGAAGCUUUUGCCAGUGCUUGGUCGUCACUGGGUCAGGAGACAGUUGAAAAGUUCCGGCAGAGGAGUCUGGCUCCCCACAAGCUGGAGACAGUUGGAUGGCAGCUUAACCUUCAGAUGGCUCACUCAGCGCAAGCAAAACUCAAGACACCGCAGGCUGUCCUGCAGCUCGGAGUGAGCAAUGAGGACUCCAAGAACCUGGAGAAAAUUUGUAUGGAAUUUACUCACAAGGAGUUGUUUGAUUUCUAUAACAAGCUAGAGACCAUACAGGCACAGCUGGAUUCCCUUACAUGAUGCUGCUGAAGAUCAGUUUCGGUCGAAUUCCCAUCAUCUCAUUGAAGAGAGAUUGCCUGGGCUUAUUUUCUGAAGGAAUCAGUGGCUAACUUUCUGCAAAUGAUGCAUCUUAGACAAAUAAUAACCAAGAGAUCAUUGUUAGGGUCGCUGAGAUUCUCAUACCCUUUCUUCAGUUGUAUGAGCUAGUAGCAGUUGGUAGGAACACUUUGUGCACUGUGAGUCAUACUGCUGGGUGCGCCCUCUAACUCCGUGCGGAACGGCUACACCUCCAUGAGAGCCUGGAGGAAACAGCCACCCCAGCCCAAUACGUACCGGCAGUUUUCCUAUGUUAGGGUUAUUUUGCUUGAGAAAUAAUAGAGGAAAUAAAAUUUUAAAAAUGGGACUAGGAAUAUUAUAUCAGUUAAUUUCAAUGUGACCUUUCUCUGUUGACUGACUCCAAAUUUUCUCUUGAGUUUAAUGAUUUAAUAAUAGUCCUGGUUUUGUGAGCUUGAUACUGCCAAUUAAUGAUUUACUUCAUAGUGUGGUAGACAGCUUCAGAUCGUGCAUGAAAAUUGUAAUGUGUGCUAAGUGGCCAUACCUACAAGUUCAAAUUGGGUACUUUUUACAUUCUCUUGUAAAUAUGCCUACUGGUUUUAGCCAAUAAAAUUAUUCUGUUUCAGAAGUA